CAAUUUUCGAAAACAACAUGGCCGAGCGCAGGGGUUUCCAAAUUUUAAAGUUUUUUAAAAACAAGUUUUAAUUUCAGCAUGUUUGGAGUAGUUUCGCGAUUUCUUUCUCGAUUAUGGGAUGGAACACCGACAGACGAAGUUAAAAAUUUAAAAGACGGGGCAGACAAUGAAAUAUUUUCAACAAAAACCCAAAACGAAAAUAAUAUAAACUUGCAUGGCGCGAAAUUUGAAACGGGAGAACUAAAAAAAGUCAUUUUUGGAUAUGUUACUAAACUUUAUGAUAAUUCAGGUCUAGUUGAUGAUGAGGUUCACUUCACUUUUGAUAAAGUUAUCGGUGGGGUAAGACCAGCCCUAAAUUCCGAAGUUCAGGUUAGAGCAAGCAGAGCAUCGGUUCAUGAUGGCUGGAGGGCUGACCAAGUUGAAGUCAUCGCAACAGACUGGGACGAACUUGGUGAUGAAGGCACAGAAGAAGUCCUAAUUGGCGACGUAACAGAUAUUAAUGAGAAAUACAUGAUUGUCAGCCACGAUACUCAUUGCCCAAUGACAUCGCUCGCAUUUGGGUAUAUUCCGUGCAAGGGCGAUUGGGUACGGGCUGAGGUUAUCAGAGAUAGAGGACUUGUAUGUGACGUAAAAGUUGUGAAACCCCUUCGGGAAAAAAGUUUGACCGGGACAGUUACAUCAGUUGGGUGUGGUCAUGGGUAUAUAAAUACUGACAUAUUUUUUACAUCUGGUGUGUGCAGGACAAAUUAUGUGCCGCGGAAAGGGCAUACGGUUAGAGUGACGGCAAUUGAGUCUAACCAAGGCAACUACUGCAAGUGGAGAGCAGUGAAAGUUGAACCAAAAAUACCAAGGAGAGAGACAAAGUAAGAUUAUGUUAUGUUUCAUUCUCUUCAUUGUCUCAAUUUAUAAUUGAUAUGUUCACCGUACAUGACUACCUUAGAACCAUAAUACCAUUGUACCAAUGAACCAUAGAUUAGUACCAUUAUAGUACCUUAGAACCAUAUAGUAUCAUUGUACUCUAACCAUAGAACCAUAAUGCCACAUAUAAUACUGUACCACAGCACAAUUGAACCAUACAUAGUACCAUAGUAUCAUAAAACAAUUGUAUCAAAAUACCAUAUAGAACCAUUAUACUGUGGUAUUGCUGUACCAUCAAAUCAAAGCACUGUGCAGUACCAUACCAUAAUACUAUAGAAAUAUAAAACCAUAGUUCCAUAGGACUAUAUGCAGUACUGUAGAACAAUAGUACUGUCAAUAGUACCAUAACACCAUAAAACCAUAGUACUACCUUAGUACAAUAACCAUAGAACUGAAGCACCAUGAUAGUAAUUUGAUACCAUAAUCAGGGGCAUAGCCAGGAUUUUUGGUCAGGGGCCAACAUAUAGAAUAUAUAGAAUAUUUUAUAGAAUAAAUUUUCUCCGGGGGGGGGGCAACAUUUUACCAGGGGGGUGGCAGGCCCCUUGCCCUGGCUAUGCCUCUGACCAUAAUAUCAGAGAUGUCAAGCUGACCAACACAUGUUUUGUGAAUAACUGUGUAACAAAGCUGCAGCAAUCAAUUUCCAGUCAGGAAAGCAUUGGCAGACUAUAAAUUAAGCUGUAGGUAUUGCAUGAAAUUUAAGGCAAAACAUUUUAAAGUGGUUAGCGCACUUGCCUUUCACCUUUAAGGCCGAGGGUUCAAAUCUCAGUGAGAACUUUCUCAAUGGGACUAGAACCCAGUCCUCAUGUGAAAAGAGUAAAAAGUCAACGUUCUGCCGAAGGCCGUGGGGUUUUUCCGGGUGCUCCGGUUUCCUCCCACAGGGAAAGUUGACAGGGUGGAUUAGGUAAAAGGGCCGACACAUAUAUUGACCCAUAAUGAUACUAAUUUUGAUGAUAAACUAGUAUUCCAAACAUGAUGGGUCUCAGAACUGAAAGUAAAUUCACCAAGAAACUAUUGGAAAACAAAGAAGAUGUUGUGAUCACAGACAAAAUAAACUUUCCUGAUGUAACAUUGGACAAAGUGCAAGAGACAAUUCUUUUUAUUAGGUAAGGGAUACAGAUUAUAUAGAUCAUAAAAAAAUUUGCAUUUUGGAAAACUAAUAGAAAGGUUUACUGUAGAUUCUAAUACAAUUUCAUUUUUCUUCAGAAAUGAUGGCAUAAAUUCAGUUGUUCUUAAGUCUGUUGAUGGUUUGUCGAAGGAAAGUCUUUUUAAAAUUAGUUUCAUUGGGCAAGAAAUGAUGGGGGAUGAUUCACAAGAUGGGAUGAAUGAUUCAGGAAGACUUCAAUUUAAUGUUCAGAUCAAUCCUCAGAGCUCAAUAGAAUUGAAAGUUACAGUCAACUCAAGGUGAAGACUACUGUACAUGAUGUUUCGUGCUUCAUCAGGGCUUUCAGAAUUAUUCUGAGAAGGUGGCUGUGUUCAUAAAGUAGGCUGCAGGGUCUGAAAUUUAUAUUUUUCUCAGUAUCCAACUGGGAUACCAGGAUUCAAAGUUUAGUAUCCCCCCUGAGAAUGCAGUAUCCCACUUCUGGAUACUGGUUACCAGUACCAUAAGUAUUAUACCCAGUGUCCCAUCCAAAUAAGUUUCCAUAACUGUCACUGUUGCAUAUUACAAUAACAACAGGAGAUUCAACAGUCAACAACUAGCCAAUUCAUUAAUCCACAAAUAUGCACAUAAUAUGAGGAAAGGCUUGGGUGGCAAACUCAUAGUAUUCAAAAGCUAUCAGGAGACUGUCAGAGGUGCUUAACAUUUUCCUAAUGUUUGAAAUUUUCUUAGUAUCCAGUCGGGAUACAAGUCUUUCACAGUUUGGUAUCCAAAACCAAAUUUUAGUAUCCUGUGGAUAUCGAGAUACUGCAAAUUUCAGACCCUGGGCCGGCUGUGGGGAGCGAUCUAGGGAAUCUUAAAGUCAUCCAAAUUAACUAGUGUGUGUAUAUAUUGUUUAUCAGAAAGCAACUCACAAGUGAGCUCUGUACGUACCAAAUUAUAAUGUAUCGCUGCUUUGAUUCUUCAGCAAGAUAACUUCAAGAUUUUUGAUGGCAAAUCACUAAAUUAGUUUUACGAAAUACAUGUAGUAUGUCGUUUUCGAAAACAACCAGGCUAUAAAGUAGACCAGGUUGAGGAAAAAUAACUUUGUUUGAAAGCUUAGAGUGGAGCCUGAAGGAGAGCAGAAUUGAUAUAUUUCAAGUACAAACAAAAUAUAAGUAUAGGGUGUCCCAAAAAAACUGGUGGACACUGUUUGAUUUCAAGUAACGUAAAAGCUAUCGCAAUGAAAUAAUGAUCAUUGCAUUCAGAAAGGACUAACUUAGAUUUUGAUAUAUAACACUUGAAUUUACAUGCAAUAUUGAGCGAAAAAAAAAAAUAUUGAGCGAGAUACAACCAAAAUAGAAAUAUUUAUUAUUUAACAAGUAUAACUACAUCGGUAAUUAUAAGGUUGUUUUAUGAUAAUUUUUGGCAUUUUCAAAAACAGUAGGUCAACGUUCAAACAUCACUAGCGCAGUCAAUAUUACAUGUAAAUUCAAGUGCUAUAUAUCAAAAUCUAAGUUAGUCCUUUCUGAAUGCAAUGAUCUUCAUUUCAUUUCAUUGCGAUAGCUUUUAUAGCUUUUACGUUACAUCAAUGCAAACAGUGUCCAGUUUUUUGGGGGGACACCCGGUACCGAAUUCAUUGAUCAAACCAACAUUUUUUCUUUAGGUUGUUAGGUGAAUUUAAUCAACUUGUCGCAUUUAAUUUCGGAGAGUUUCAAAUUGGUCGUUACUUCACAGCCAACGUACGCGAUAAGCAACAACAUUUACUUGACGCGAAGACUCCAUAUCAUAAGAGAAAGUUCAUUGACAAGAAAGAUGCAUUAAACAGAGUACUUGAAACUCGAAACAACCAACAGUGGGUCAUUCCUGGAGAAAGACCUAUGUUUAAGUAAGUUGCUUUGAUGGACCAAUCCCAUAUUAAUCAAAAUUUUGAUCUCAACAAGUCGAGACAAAAUUUCAUCACAGCUUGAAAGAGCAUCACAGAAUUAGCAAUAUUCCAAAGUUUCGUUGCGAAAUGUUGUAAAAUGCGAAUAAUAUAGCCUUGCGAAGUUUGUAAUUUUCAGUCAUUUUGUAUUACAAACGGGAAAUAGUUACCACUUCGGAAAAUUUCCCUCGCGUAAUACAAAAUGACUGAAGAUUGCAAACUUCACAAGGCUAUAUUAUCCGCAUUUUACAACAUUUUGCAACGAAACUUUGGAAUAUUGCUAAUUUUGUGAUGCUCUUUCAAGCUGUGAUGAAAAUUUUGUCUAGACUUGUUGAGAUCAAAAUUUUGGUUAAUGUAGGAUUGGUCCAUUGUUAUCUUGAUAGGGUGAGGUUAUACAUUGUGGAAACCUAUAGGCAGUUUUGAAACACUUCUUUGAAGGCCCAUUUACAUUAGUAAUUUUUGCUGUGAUUUUAGGUGCGAUUUUCUUCUGAUCGAUGUGAACGAGUGGAUGUGCUAUGAAUGUUCAGUUCUGGGUACAUAUACUCGCAACAUUCUCAACUCAUCUGCUCCUUCACAUCGAUCAGAAGAAGACAAGCAAAAAUUGCAAGUGUAAGUCAUGCCUACGAAUUAUAUGUCUCUUCCUUGGCAGCAAAUCCAAAAAUAAAAUGUCUUGUGCAAGUCAAAUAUAAAACUUCCUGCAAAUGUAGAUUUCACAGAACGUAUAUAGUGCCUCACAUUGCGAUAAACUUAAACCCAGCACAAGACAACCUCGACCUGCGUUACAAAUAAUAUAUGGCAUUCUAGUAUAUAAGAUGACAAAAAUUCCAAGCAAGAUGUGAGAAGAUUUAGUUGGAGGGCAAAAUAGACCUAUAUACCGAUUAUUCUCUUUUACCCAAUGGCCUCAUUUUCAUCUCAAAUACUUACUCAUGUUUUGUGCUAACCAGAUGAUCUCGUGUUCGUAUUUUAGCCAAUCAGCGUUCAGAAAGGGUUGUCCGAAUAGAAAUCCAUUUUGAUGUACUCAGUCAAUUAUAUCUUUCGUUAUUCUUUAUGAAACUAGUUGAAAUUUUGUAAUUAUGUUUGCUUAUGAGAACUAUAGCUCUGACAAAAAUAUGCAAUCGAAAUAAAGUAUAUUACAGAAGAUAUUCAGUUGUUUUAAUCAUAAAAUGGAUUUCUAUUUGACAACUAGUGCCAGUACUUUUGCGCGUAUCAAGAUCAUCUGGAAGUAUAGGGUUGAAAAUUAUUUUGUUAUAUUGAGCCUAAGAUGCUAAGAACAGCAAGAAUCAAACAAAUUCGUCCAGGAAAACACGGGAAUAUAAUCUUUAUAUCUGCCCCUGACAUAAUCGGUAAGGUCUAUUUGUCCUCCAAAUUGGAGGUCAAAAACUAAAAUAGUUUGCUGAUGUCAAAUGUUAAUCUUUCCUGAUGAAACUUGGCAUGUAUACCAGUGCUGGAAAUGAAAUGUCUGGCAGCGCGCCAGCACCAUCACUGUCAAGAAAUGUUUAACAAAAUAUCUUCUUCUAACAACUUGAAGAUGAAAAGCUGAAUUCGGUUUGCUCAAGUUUCCAUCAUUCUUUGUUUCAGACAAAAAACAAUCAAUAUUUCUACGAAGCUCUAUCAAUACGAAAUACCAAGAACAUUGAGGCAGUACAUCUUGAAUAAAAUGGAUUUAUGUGGUCUGGUUCCAAGCCUUGCAGAGGUAUGACGACUGAUGACCAUUUUUAUUGUAAUUGAUAUUUGAAGUUUUGAACUGGUCAUUAUGAUUAUUUUCUAGCCUCUUUCAACAAGAAACUACAAAGAGAGAUUUUCAGCUUUAUUACAUUCCGAGGAAGUUCAAAUGGAACUAGAAAUGCGUGAAUUUGACUUGCAGCAGGUUGGUGGGAAAUUUGAAUCCAAAAGAGUAUGAACUGGUGAAGCCAGUUACAGACGCGUAAAGUUUUUCUGUUUAUUUUCUAUGACAAGUUUUUGCUUUUCAUCGCUUUUUCAAAACUCGUUCGUUUGUAACCAACUUUAAAGUUAACUCUAAGACACACGAUUCUGAUUGCAUAACUGCCGUACUAACCAAAUUUCACCGCAACCACGUCCAUUUAUAAGGCCCCAUGUCCACUCAGGAAAAUUUUCCGCAGAAAAAAAAUUUGUAAAAUGUGAUUGGCCACACAAAUUUUCCGUUGGAAAAAAAUUUUGAAGUUAAAAAUUUUCAACUUUUAACAAUGAUAUUUUCAGAAAAUUUUCUGUCCGUGGGGCUAUACAACCGGUCACAGUGCCAUGGUUCAAUUAUAAUUUUUGUCUUCAAAUCAAUCCGUGAUUAUUCGUUGUGAUGUUUUUAGGUGUCGUUAAAACCUGCAGGAGAAUUUUUGGGUCUCGCUGUCCCUGGUUUGGCUGAAGGAAGACCUUCGCUUCUGAUUGGCGAUCGAGUGAUACUGUGUGUUAGCGGUGAGUUUUCUGUGGAAAAAACUUGGCUAUAGCGCCUCAUUUUUCAGCAUACUUUUCCGUAAUAAAAUAUGCCGGUAAUGAACGCUUUCUUGUUUAUUAUAUAUUAUAUAUUACUUGUUUAUUAUUACGAAGAAUAUAUCCGAUUUAAUACGAUUUGCUGUUUCAUUUAGGAGCUUCAACCAACUCUCCAAAAUAUGAAGGCUUUAUUCAUGAGGUAUGCACGCGUCUUCUUCAAUAAACUGGAAUUAAAUUGUGAAAUAAAAGAUGUUUAAUUAAGAUAAGCUGAGUACCUAAGUUAAUAUUUUAAGGUACUGAGUAGCGAGGUCUUGCUGAAGUUUCACGAAGAUUUUCACUCCACGUAUGAUAUGGACUCGUACAAUGUCAUGUUCUUUUUCAACAGGUAUAGGAUCCUUGUACCUGUCACGUUUUAGGAAGAGUUACUCUUUUUAGACUUUUGUAAUUUUGUAUUCUUUUGUAUUUUAAACUUAACCCUAAUCCUAUCCCUAAUCCUAACACUUUCCCUAAUCCAAAUCCAAACCCUAAUCGUAUAACCCUAAAAGUCUAAAAAUAGUAACUGUUCCUAAAUUGUGACUCAUACGCUAAAUGUAACUGGGCUCUCUUGACGUUUGAGUUUGGACCAUGCAGAAAUACGAAACAACUCAUUUUUUUGAAAAGUCAAUAUAUUUCUCUUCUACCUUAUCUACAGAACUACGCUGAGAAGGUCUCAUAAAGCAGUUGAAUCGGCAAAAUAUUUAGGAGAUCAGGGUAAGAAAAUUUCUAGAGAUAGACCGGCAAGUGCUCUUUGCCGUAUGGCUGAUAACUGGAUAGCCGGGCCAGCCCGACUUCUUAUUUAUUAAUUAUUUAUUAACUUCACAACCAUGAGUACUAUAAAAUGAUUACAAAUAAACUUUUGGAAAAAAACUGGGCAACACUUAAUUUAAAUAUGGUUGAAGAUAUAGUCAACAGCACAUGAGUCCCAUGUGAAAACCAACCUGGCAAAAAGUUAUCUAGUAGACAUAAAUUAAAGACAAGGGCUACAACACUAUUUACAUUAUACUGUGUAUAUAAUAUAGGACAGCUUAAGAGCCAUAGCUUAAGUUGAAAGAACGGCAUUUAGAGCAAUACGUUUUCCAAGUGCGCAUUUUGUUUUAUACAUCAAAAGAAGAAUCUGAGUAGUGAGUAUAGAGUUGAUGCUUAGAGGAGGAAACAGACGAACUAUUGCGAAACAAACAAACAUACAAAGAGCCUCUUAGCUGUACAGUAACUAUAUACAUGCAGACCUCUGACAAUUCGGUUUCUUUUCCUAUUAUCAGUUCUGUUUCCACGUGAAGUCGUGCCAAAACUACCACAAGAGUCGAAGAAAGACAAAGGGCUGUUCAAUGCAAAGCUAAAUGAACGUCAGCGUGCUGCUGUAUCGAGGAUUUUGAUUGGCCAGUCUCGACCAAUGCCGUACGUUCUUUUUGGCCCGCCAGGCACUGGUAAAACUGUCACUCUGGUUGAAGCAAUACUACAG